UACCGUGUGUGGGCUCCCUAUUCUCACAGUGUCCGUGUGCAGCCUAGGACUUCAGUCCCUGUCAUCUGAUCAUGAAGAUUUGGUGGCUCCUUCUGGUUAUGGGUGCAUGUGCAAAGAGUGCGUACUCCCAGGACACCUGCCGGCAAGGGCACUCUGGCAUCCCGGGGAAUCCAGGUCACAAUGGCCUCCCGGGAAGAGAUGGACGAGAUGGCUCCAAGGGUGACAAAGGAGAUACAGGAGAACCAGGACAUCCCGGAGAUCCAGGGAAGGAUGGAAUUCGUGGGGAGAAAGGAGAACCAGGAGCAGAUGGAAGAGUUGAAGCAAAAGGCAUCAAAGGUGAUCCAGGCUCCAGAGGAUCCCCAGGGAAGCAUGGCCCGAAGGGAUCCAUUGGCCCUACAGGAGAACAAGGGCUGCCCGGAGAGACUGGCCCACAGGGGCAGAAGGGAGAUAAAGGCGACGUGGGCCCCACUGGUCCAGAGGGACUGAUGGGCAGUACUGGACCAUUGGGCCCCAAGGGCUUACCUGGUCCAGUGGGCCCCAUUGGCAAACCAGGUCCUAAGGGAGAAGCCGGACCCAUGGGCCCCCAGGGGGAGCCGGGAGUCAGAGGGAUGAGAGGCUGGAAAGGCGAUCGAGGAGAGAAAGGGAAAGUGGGCGAGGCUCCCAUCUUGCCUAAGAGUGCCUUCACUGUGGGUCUCACGGUGAUCAGCAAGUUCCCUCCUCCUGAUGCGCCCAUUAAAUUCGAUAAGAUCCUGUACAAUGAACUGAACCAUUACAACGUGGCGACGGGGAAAUUCACCUGCCACGUGGCCGGCGUCUAUUACUUCACCUACCACAUCACUGUUUUUUCCAGGAAUGUGCAGGUCUCUUUGGUCAAAAAUGGGGCAAAAGUCCUGCAUACCAAGGAUGGUUACAUGAGCUCUGAGGACCAGGCCUCUGGUGGCAUCGUGCUGGAGCUGAAGCUCGGGGACGAGGUGUGGAUGCAGGUGACGGGAGGAGAGAGGUUUAAUGGCUUGUUUGCAGAUGAGGACGAUGACACCACCUUCACCGGCUUCCUUCUGUUCAGCAGCUCUUGACACAGUGGACUCUGCACAUGGGCCUCACUGAAGGCUCUGCUGGUGGACAUGGUGCCCCCAGAGCUAGCUCGGGGGCAGUGGGAUGUGACUGUGUCCAUUCUUCCAAUUAUUGCGUCCAUCCUAAAGUGCAGAGGUGGGAAGCUAAGCCUACAAAGUCAGUCAUUCGAACACAUUCAUAAUAAACUAACUCAGAGACACCGACUGUGCACCAGUGUCCCGUUAAGGCAAGAGACCAAAGAACUUCCUCUUAGUGUCAUUGAACCCAGAGGGAGUCCAGAUUUGAAUUCUCUACUUUGUGUUGUGUGUCUUCCGUCCUCCCUGUCUGUUUGCUCUGAGUCUGAAUCUGUGUCUGCCUGAAGGCUGUCUUGUGAAUCUGUCCCUGUCCCCCAGCAGAGGGCUGUGUUCUCUCUCUUAUUAGAAGCACAGAAAUCAUCAUAUGGAGAAGGGAAUGAGGGAUGCUUUAUAGAAAUCUUUAGCACAGUGUCACAAGGGAUUAAGUCACUGACUCCAGCUGCUCCCAACUGACCCAGGAACUUUCUCUGUAGACCAGGCUGGCCUUGAACUCUGAUGUGGGAGUGUCAUAUAUCAAUCUGUUGAUUUCAUUGGUUAAGCAAUAAAGAAACUGCUUGGCCCUGAUAGGUUGAAACAUAGG